AUCUGAUUUGUAUAAUAGUAGGUAUCUUUACACGAUACGACGACUCUUUGAGUAUUAUUAUAUUAUCUAGCUAGUAUCUUAAGCCAUACCUAGCUAAUCUCUCAGGCUUUUUAUAGCUCUAUCUAGUUAAACAACUACUCCAGAUAAGAAAUCGGAUGUUGUCAAUUUGAAGAGCAUCUCUUCCCCACCAAAUGAUAUCCUACAGCCAAAUAAUAUCCUACAGCAGCAGGGAUAAGUCGAGAUUCAGUCCUGCGGGCGGAGAUCGUCAUCUUAGGCCACUAUAUCCUUGCUUCAUGCUGGGAUGCUGCUGCAAGCUGCGCGCCGGCAGUCUUGGCUGGGUCUUAGGUCUUGGCUGACUGCCGUUUCUUGUUUUGAUCAUCUGCACUGCGCUGCACUAAUCCUGGUGAUGAUUCAAUGAAGGAGGACUAUGCCGGGUCUUUUUUCCUGUGUCUCUUGAGCCUCUCCUCUCCUUCAAUCGAUCUUUGGAAAAUUUGGGAUUUUAUCGGUCGCAGCUGCUGUUUAUAGCUCUCUAAGACAGCCACCCGAAUUUUCCUUCUCCAUACUGCGUUAAUUGCGUGUCAAGGGCGCAAACACAGAUCUUAUCAUUAGAGCAAGCCUGUUCCUCUUCACAACUCUCUUUUGUCCAACACUCUAUCCAGAGUCCUCGAAACAUCGCGAACAAUCAUGGCAGCUCACUAUCGAGACGAAGCCGCAUUGGGUCCCGAUCAUCCGGAUAAUCAUGCCUCUGCAAACCGUUGGCGCCAUCAAGAAUCCUCAGCAUUUCGUGCCCAUGCGGCUCCUCGAGGAGCAGAUGAGAGAGGAGGUAGCAAGGACCUGGCAGAUUUCUUGAACGGAGAUAGAGUUGAACCACCAAAGUCCGCCGGCUCAGGAGGAUCGAAAGCGAAGCCAAUCAUGGUCGCAGGGAAUGCGCGUAACGGAGACAAUGGUCCUACAUACAGUGCGCAACAUGAUCCUAUUGGACAUGAUAAACAUGCGGACGGAACUCAUGGGACGUUGGAGGUCAAAUGUGGUCCAUUGCUCAAUUACAGGCGCAUGGAGAACGAAACAUGGUUUGGCAGUGUUCUGGUCGUCACAAAAGGGGGAGGACUCGGGGACAGCCCAGAGGUUCCGGAACUGAAGCUAAGAGCUGCGUCAGCUGGACGCCCACCAGUGGAUCAUGUUGGUAGCAACGUGAGCGGAGCAACUGACGACAAUCGAAGCGACAACUAUGGAGUUGUAAAUGGAGUGGACUACAGCAACUUCAAGCAGCCCGAGUCUGUACCACAGAACAGCGUACAAACAAACCGGGCUGGUGGUGGCCAGGCUUCUGGAGAGAUGAAAGUUCGGGGCACUAAGCUUUACUCUGACCGCGAAAAUACAUUCUGGCGAUUUGACCUGCAGGUUCCCAUGCAUCAAUCGGAGUUGAAGUGCGACUAUGAGAUCCCAUCCCUCAUCUUCACAUCUGGAGGCAAGACCGACAAGCAAAGCUUCUACAUUCCCGCCAUCCCAGAAUCCAUGAGAAUUAUGUUCCAUUCUUGUAAUGGAUUCAGUGUUGGUACAGACGAGCAGGCCUAUAGCGGAGCUUGCUUGUGGAAUGACGUACAGCGAGAGCAUGCUAAAGCUCCUUUCCAUGUCAUGCUCGGAGGCGGAGACCAGAUUUACAACGAUGGUAUUCGAGUUGGAGGACCUUUGCGAGAAUGGACCGAUAUCAGUAACCCUCACAAGAGAAAGGAGUAUCCCUUCGCGGAGUCCUUGCGAAAGCGGUGCGACGAGUACUAUGUAAACAACUACAUAAAGUGGUAUUCAACCGAACCAUUUGCAGGUGCCAAUGGCCAGAUUCCUCAACUGAACCUUUGGGACGACCAUGACAUCAUCGACGGAUUUGGUUCAUACGUGGAUGACUUUAUGAGAUGUUCAGUAUUCCGCGGAAUCGGUGGAGUAGCAAAUAAAUAUUAUCUUUUGUUCCAACACCACCUUGCUCCUCCGCCCUCUACCUACACUACCGAUGCACCUCAAACUACCGGCCACCAGGAGGUUGGUCUUGACAAAAGACAGCUAGAGAACACCUAUGUUCUGGAUGAGAAGACCAUCGAUUCGAGCUAUAUCAUCGGAGCUAAGCCUGGUCCAUAUGUUGUCGAGCACUCCCGAAGCAUCUAUGCGAGACUUGGUGCUAGGAUAGCCUUCUUCGGUAUUGAUGCCAGAACAGAGCGAACCCGAAAACAAGUCAACUACCCUGAAACCUAUCAAAUAAUCUUCAGCAGAUUGAGGAAGGAGCUCGCCGCCGCCAAGGGAAGCGCUUCCCCAAUUCAGCAUCUGGUUGUUCUCCUGGGUAUUCCAAUCGCAUAUCCACGCUUGACUUGGUUGGAGAACAUCUUCUCAAGCCCUAUCAUCGCCCCUAUCAAGUUUCUCCAUAAAAGAUUUGGCUUCGGCGGUGGAUUCUUCAACCAUUUCGACGGCAGCGUUGAUCUGUUGGAUGACCUCGAUGAUCACUACACGGCACGUACUCAUAAGAAGGAGCGACUCUUUCUCGUUCACCAGCUGCAAGCGCUCGCAUCCGAGUUCUCCGCCCGGAUAACCAUUUUGGGCGGUGACGUACACUUGGCAGCAGUUGGUCGAUUCUACUCGAAUCCCAAGCUUCAAAUCCCUGUUGCCAACGAUUAUCGUUACAUGGCCAAUAUAAUCUCCUCCGCCAUCGUCAACAAGCCGCCUCCACAGGCUGUUGCAAAUUUGCUGGCUCGAAGGAACAAGCUACAUCACCUGGACCACGAUACGGAUGAAACAUUGAUGAAGUUCUUUGAUAAGGACCCAGGUGAUUCAAAUAAGACAUCUAAUUCGAAUAAUGUUACUAUGCCAAGUCGAAACUGGGCUGUUAUCACCGAGAACUCCGCUGGAGCAAACCAACGCCCUGUCACCAAUGGGAAUGGAGCCAACGGAACCGCCCCUAAUGGAACCCCUGAGGCUAUUUCUGAAAGACAGGGUACCUCCAAGGCGAAGGAUGGUCAUUCGUGGCUUCAUGAAGGUGAGGUCGAUGCUGGAACGAAACACAAGGCUGCCAAUAGCUCGACCCAUGGCAAGAAUACUGAUGGCAGUUUGGAUGUUUGUAUCAGAGUUGAGAAGGAUCAGCAUGACAGUGAGGGCAAGACACAGUCAUAUGGUUUGACAAUCCCAAUUCUCAAAGUCGAACCCGGCGUGUCAAACAAAACACUGGAGAGGAGACACCCGGCUGAGGGAACUGUUCGGGAGCAUUCCUAGUUGUUUCUGAUUUUCUUUAUGAUGAUCCUUUGCGCUAUUGGCUAUAUGUGGGUGUAACCAUGCAGCAGAGAUAUCCCAACUGUACUAAUAAGAGCAUUGAUUGGUUUUUCCUGAACUCGUGAGCCGAAGCCGGAUGCGACAUCAGUCGUUUUUCCGUCUCACGCGAGUACUUUACGCCGCUUCUGUUGGUAUUCUCAUCCAGGAAUUCACAUUGGAGAAACUGAGCUGUAAAGAAAAUAUUGAAUUGUUUGAAUUACCAGGCCAUGUAGAGGCAACCACCCGAUAGGUAGAGGAUUUCUAACUAUCCAUGCGUGCUGUCAAUUAUGGAUUUCUUGUUGCUGGCAAUUCUCAACUUCGCUUCGCUCCAGCAAAGUAGGAAAAGUAUGCAUAGACAUACAUCUGUGGGGCGAGUUAUGAUGGGAAGUCAGUGAAGUAGUUUGUCUUGUUGUUGGCUAUGAACUUGAAUUUGAGCCUGGUUUGCAUAGCAAUACAAUUCUAAGAAGUUCGUCUGAACUCCUCCCUCUCUGAAGCGAGAUAUUGUUUACAUUUAGUCGAAUCCCCAAUACACUACUAUGGUGAGCUCCGGCUAAAAGAGCCCCUUGCGCUUGAUCUUAUGACUCCUAGUUGAGGGUUUGGUCAAGGAGCAUAGGACAGCGUGGGGGAAAUGUAUAUAGCAGAGGUAUGUGGCUUUGCGAUGUAAAUGCAAUUUAUGUCCUGUUGGCGAGCGUUCAC